AUGCACUCCACUUCCUUCAUCACCCUCAUUUUUGGCGCCGCUCUCGUCGCGGCUGCUCCCGCACCCGUCAAAAUCGGACUGGAUGACGUUAUCCUCCACGGCAAAGGCCACUUCACCGUUAUGAAACGAUCUGCCUUUGAAGAGCUGGAAGCUGCACGCAAGGCCAGUGCUGUACCUCCGAAGCCUGCCUACCUUGCUGAGAUUCACUUCUCCGGCAACGAGACCAAAACACCAGACAAGCAGCACUUGAAACGCGACACCAGCAUUAUCAUUCCAAACCCCAACUCUCGUUUCUUGGGCUGGGAUGUUCAAAUGAGCCAAGUCACCAAGGGCGCACCGACUACUAUCUCCGUCGCCUCGGGUUUCUCCAUUAGUAACAGCAUUUCGGUUGGGGCGAGCAGCACUUUGACACUAGUCAAGGACUUCCUCCAAGUCUCCAUGUCAAUCGACUACAGCCAGACGUGGCAAACGACUCAGACGCAAACCUUCACCGCCGAGGUCCCCAAGGACAAGUAUGGCGCUUUUGUCAGUAACCCUUGGACCAACCGUGCGAGUGGAAGUGUCUGGACGGGUACCAUCGGUGGUUAUGGAGAGCUAUCCGACUACCAGGCUGACUCGUUCGAGUCAAAGCAGUUUGACAAUAUGGAAUGGGUUGAUGGUGUUAUCAGUCUUUGUACAGGCGACGAGUUUCCUCUCAAGAGAUGCUUGGGCGAGGGUACACUAUGA